UGCUGGGCAUUGCAGUUCACGUUAGUGCUCCCUGGUCGCCGCGACGCCAGCGCCCUGCCGCGACGCCCGACCCGACCGCUACGACCCAAGUCGGCAAACUACGUCUGGGACGCGGCGUCCUCCAAAGGGUUGCACCCGGAAACCUCCUCCCGGCGAGUGCCCCUCGCUCUUCUGUCGGCGCCAAGUCGGCUCAGAUGGGAAUAUUUGGGAUUGAGGAUCAAUUGAGCAGGAGCUUCUCUGUCACAGAAACUGUAUUGUUAUCUGCACGGACAGUGAGAGGUAAUGGGUUAUAAUGGAUUAUGAACAACCCCAUCAGGAAUUGGUGAAGUGCGUGGUGGUAGGCGACACAGCUGUUGGUAAAACAAGACUCAUCUGCGCUCGAGCAUGCAAUAAGCAAGUUUCCCUUUCACAACUGCUCACAACCCAUGUUCCAACUGUCUGGGCUAUUGACCAGUACCGCAUCUAUAAAGAUGUGUUGGAAAGGUCAUGGGAAGUUGUUGAUGGUGUCAAUGUUUCUCUCCGCCUCUGGGAUACUUUUGGGGACCAUGAGAAAGAUAGAAGAUUUGCCUAUGGAAGGUCAGACGUCGUACUACUAUGCUUUUCUGUUACCUCACCAAUAUCCCUUCGGAAUUGUAAAGCUAUGUGGUAUCCUGAAAUUCGAAGAUUCUGCCCACAGACACCAGUUUUACUAGUAGGAUGCAAGAAUGAUUUGAGAUACAUGUACCAAGAUGAGGCAUACCUCAGCAUCUUCAGAGAAAAUGGAUCAUUCCUAAGAGCAACACGGAAAAGUGAUUUAGUUAUGCCUGACCAAGCUAGGGCUGUUGCACGUGAGCUGGGAGUGCAUUAUUAUGAAACAAGUGUUCUCUCAUACUAUGGUGUUAAUGAGGUAUUUGAAAAUGCAAUUCGUUCCGCACUUAUGGCAAGAAGACAACAGAGGUUUUGGAUGACAAAUCUAAAAAAGGUUCAGAGACCUCUUUUGCAGGCACCCUUUAAACCACCAAAACCACCAAUACCAGAAAUUCAUGUUUCUUCAAGCUCUUAUGAUGAUCACAUAAGAGAGAUGUUUUUGCAGCAAGCACAUACAGAUGUUUUAUUUAAUGCGGGGUCAGUUGGUUUCUUAGCUCAUCGUUUUAUACUGGCAGCUGCAUCCCCUCUUCUGCACAGACUUCUUUUGACAGAUUUUAGUAAUGAAUUGAGCACACGCAGCUCAAGUGAAUCUUCUAUGGUCAGCACUUUUGGUGAAGCAACACAAGGAGAUUUCAAUGAUGACACUGAACAUUUAAUCAGGACAGAAAUCGGGAAACCCUCAAUCAGGGUGUGGGAACAGAUUAAACGUCGAUCUAGCUGUCAAGUCUUGUCUUGUGACAGCAAUAGGAGAUUAGACAUUUCACGAGAUAUGGAUCACCCAGCGUUUACGUCAAUUCGAGUUCAACAGUAUGAGGGUCUUGACCAUAGAGGAAACCCAAGUUCAUCUCUGCAAACUGUUAUCACUCUCUCCAAGCUCAUUACUCCUCAAGCAAUGAAUCAAGUCUUGCAAUUCAUGUACACAGGAACUAUUGACAGCCGCUACUGUGAAUUGCAGACUGCUCCUAUUGGACUCUUACUGGAAAUCCGACAAGCUGCUGAAUUUCUGGAGUUAUCUGAUCUCUAUCUAUUUGUAUCAAAUGUCCAUUCCAGAGAAGAGUUUCUUAACACUGAAUUGAAGGUGCAGUAUCGCCAGGACUUGCGAAAACGUUUGAGAGAGCUUUGUGUCGGUCAAGGCCUUUUCUCAGAUGUAAGGUUUCAGUUAGAUGAUGGAUUGUAUCCUGUACAUCGAGCUCUCCUUAUGUCGAGAUGUGACAUGUUCAAAGCAAUGUUUUCAGGAGAUUUUCGAGAAAGUAGUGCUAAAGUGAUUGUUUUUCCAGGAGUAGCACAAGAUACAUUCGUGCAACUUUUGACCUAUCUUUAUACUGAUGAGCUUGGUGGAGCCGUAUCCUACCUGAAGUGCUUAGAAUUAUUAGAAGUUGCUAACCGUUUGUGUCUACCACGUCUUAUUACUCUGAUUGAGCAAAAGGUAGUGGAACAACUGACAGCAAAGUGUGGUUCAGAAGGUGAUGUUGUAGAACAUUGUUUAAGACUGCUGGAACCAUGCAAGCUGCACAAUGCAGACCAGUUGGCUGAUUGGUGCAUGAAUCACUUAUGUACAAAUUAUAACAAAUUAUGCAAGAGAUCUCCAAAACUACUUCGCCAGUUGCAUCCAGAAAAUCAGGAGUAUCUCAGUGAGCAUAGGUGGCCCCCAGUGUGGUACCUGAAAGAUUAUGACUAUUAUGAAAAGUGUGCUUCAGAGAGAGAAAAAGAAGAAAGGCCGCUUCUGAAAAGAAGCAGUGCAGGAUGUCUGUGCUUCUCUUCAAAAGCAAGGCGAAGUAGUGCUCUGAUCACAGCCAACACCAUCACGGCUAGUACUAAUGUAGCUGAUGCUAUUGAUGCUGAUGUUGAAGCAUUAGCAGAUGAUCAUCAGGGUGUCCUCCAAGCUGGUCACCAGGUUGUUGCUGUCCCUAACGGCCAGCAUGGCAUGGAUAUGUGACGGCGGCCUCGGCGGCUGUGCCGCAAUGCAGGUCUCUGGGUAGGCAUAUUUGCCAGUGUAACAAUUGUCUUGUUGGCGCUUUGUGUUGUUUUCAUUUUCAUUUGAACUAGAAAUUUUCGAUUUCCUCAGUAUAAUGUUGACAAUUUCAUGUGUAAGUCACUCCUCUGCAUCUUGUAUUCUAAAAUAAUGAGCUCUACUCACCACUUGUAAUUGAUUUUUUAAAAGGAGUCUGAAUCUAAAAGAAAUUACUUGACUAAACUCAUUCUAAUCAUAUUGUCAAUUACAAAGUGUUGCACUGUUAACAUAUGAUGCUAAUAAUGACAUUAUUCACUACGUUGAAUUGUGCUUAUAUGAUGAGGUUGUGCACUGCCAUCAAGAAAGUAUUUUGAGCAGGGUAUAGAUAUGUGAAUGAUUGUAGGUACUGUAAGAUUUUGUUUAGUAUGUAUUAUGUGUAUUGGAAAUGAAGGCUCAAUGUAGACGAUUCUGUCAUUUUCAUUUUUUUUUUAAAUCCAUGUAUGUACUCUUUUUAUUUCCAUAAUUUGAACCAUUUUUAUACUUGCAUACUGAUCUCAAAUAAAACUACUAUGUCAAUGUGUGUCAAUUCUAAA